GGCGUGACUAAUAUGGGUGUGGUCAAAGGGUUAAUAUUCAAUGGCGUCUUUCAGUUCGACCUCAUCAAAGAUAUCAAACAAAGGCUCCAGCCUAAAGGACUGGCCCUUUCCAAAGACAUUUGGUUUGAAAUGGCGGCUACGGCAGCUACCAUUCUUCAUGUCUGGCCAUGCCCUCUGUAAACUCUAUCUCAGAUUGCAACAAGUCCAAACAAAGAACUUGAACAGAUUAACUAAAGCAAUUCUUGAGAGACCAGAGGGAACUCCUCUAGUCACUGUGUCUAAUCAUUCAUCUUGUAUUGACGAUCCUGUCAUAUUUGCUCCUCUUCCAAUGAGAUGUGAUUUAAAAAUGACAACCAGGAAAUGGACCCCAGCUGCUAAAGAGAUAUGCUUCACGAACAAGCUGUUUAAUGCAGUGCUGGCAACAGGACAGAUAAUACCAAUUGUUAGAGGUGAUGGUGUGUAUCAAAAAGCGUUAAACUUUUGUAUCGAUUUGCUCGAUGACGGCCAUUGGGUUCACUUAUUUCCUGAAGGCAAAGUCAAUAUCAGUAACACCAACAUGAGAUUAAAAUGGGGUGUCGGAAGAAUUAUUGCUGAAGCUAAAAUAGCGCCGAUUGUUCUCCCAAUAUGGCAUGUUGGAAUGGAAGACCUGUUGCCGGAGAAACGACCGUACAUGCCUAGGUUCUUCAAGAGAUUGACGCUAUUUGUCGGAGACCCUUUAGAUGUAUCUGGACUUCGUAGUGCUCACUCUGAGAAUGGUGUACUCCUCAGGAAGAAAGUGACUGAUUUGAUGCAGGAGGCAAUGAGAGACAUUAAGAUCCAGGCAGAAGAGAUUCAUAAAGAAUGGAAAUGCAAUUUACCGAUUAGGACUAGAACAUUGUAGCUGCACCCAUUCUAAUUUAAUUCACCCAAAAUUACGACACAUGUCUUUAUCACUAUUAUUAUUAUUAUUAUUAUUGUUGUUGUUAAUACAGUUGUUUAUGUUGUCAUGAUUUAUCUUUCUUCAUAGAGAA